UUUAACACACUGAGGUCAUUUUAGCAGCGUUAUGAUGCAAAACAGCACAAAUGGCGUGAAACUCUUUCUAGCAUCCGUCAACAAAGACAGGAUCAUCUGGGAAUUCCCAAAGUGUUACAGACCCGAGGCUUGCCUGCAAAUGAAGGAGGACUGGGCCAUUAAGACUAAACUUGGAUGCAAAGACAGAACCAUCAGCCAUCAGCCGUGGGAUCACCAGAAAAUGGCAAAAGUAGUGGUUGUUGGUGACUUCAACGUGGGAAAGACUUGUCUCAUUAAUAGGUUUUGUAAAGAUGCAUUUGAAAGAGACUACAAGGCCACCAUAGGAGUGGAUUUUGAAAUUGAGAGGUUUGAAAUCUGUGGAGUACCCUUCUCUCUUCAGAUCUGGGACACAGCUGGGCAGGAAAAAUUCAAAUGCAUAGCUUCAGCAUACUAUAGAGGUGCUCAGGUCAUCGUCACAGUUUUUGACAUGGCAGAUAUUCAGUCACUGGACCACACAUGUCAGUGGUUGAAGGAGGCCAUGAGAGAAAAUGAGCCUCACUCCUGUGACAUCUUCUUGGCUGGGACUAAGUGUGACUUGUUGGUGAGUACAGUGACAUGCGCCAAACAAAAUACAAAAGCAGGAUUCAGAUCAGAUUGUGCAAAGCUGGAGGUGACGCACCAGAACGUGAAGAGACGUUGCUGCUGA